GUCUUCUCACAUCUUUGCAUUAUUAUUCCCCUACGUAUCGCUUCGCAGUAAUGUGCCGUUACACGGUCGCAGGCUGGUAGCAUCUUGGGAGCUCUUCUCAACAGGAACCUGCACUGGAGAAGAUAAACCAGGAUGGUAGCACACUGUUCGUAACCAGCUCCAGUUCGACAAAGGCCACUGUAGCUCGCUCUCUUCUCCUGAACAUUGACAACCAUUCCUCAGCCAUGGCUAACAUAAACAAUGCGCUUUGCAUUGAAAACGGACAGAAUGCAGAUGUGUCUCUGUUACAAAAGGAUAAUCUUCAGGAUGGUGGAUUAAGCCAGCUUUUGGAUUAUAACGCAGAAAUGGAAAGGUACAGGUCUUUUGCAAACUUUUAUAAAACCAACGGGGCAUUUCCACAGAAGAUUGCCCGCAUCACGACGCCCAUUUUUCCCAGUGCUAGAAUUGGCAUGUCCCCUUGGAACUGCGAUAACGCCAUGCUCUGGGGAAGGAAAUCAGCGGCAAUAAACCCUAAUAGGACCAGCAUGCAUAGAAAUGACUCCCAGAGGCCGGGGAAGCCUGGCGUGCCGCCAGAGACGCUGCAAAUGGCAAAUAAUAAUUUCCUCUCUACCUUAUCCCCCGAACACUGCAGACCUUUAGCAGGAGAAUGCAUGAACAAGCUGAAAUGCGGCGCUGCUGAAGCAGAGAUAAUGAAUCUCCCAGAACGCGUUGGAACUUUUUCCGCUAUCCCGGCUUUAGGGGGCAUCUCAUUACCUCCCGGGGUCAUCGUCAUGACAGCCCUUCACUCCCCCGCAGCCUCAGCAGCCGUUACAGACAGUGCGUUUCAAAUUGCCAAUCUGGCAGACUGCCCACAGAAUAAUUCCUCGGUAUCCAGUGGAAACCCAGCGAAGAAGAAAAGGAAAAGGUGUGGGGUCUGUGCACCCUGCAGGCGGCUAAUCAACUGUGGUGUCUGCAGCAGUUGUCGGAACCGCAAAACGGGCCACCAGAUCUGCAAAUUUAGGAAAUGUGAGGAGCUGAAGAAGAAGCCAGGCUCGUCGCUGGAGAGGACGCCGGUCAACAAUGGUGAAGCUUUUCGGUGGUUCUUUUAG